AUGGCAGCCCGCUUCAUUGUCGUCCUCAGCGCUCUAAUCGUCCUUGCUCAAGGAUCGAAUAUUUUGCCCCUUGAACAGGAGGCAGAGGUGCCAGUCCACUCUGGAGUCGUUUCGUCUGGAGCUCCUGUGGCCAUCGUUUCGCAAGGACAUCCAUCUGUGCACCAGUCCCAACGUCCGAUCUACAGCCAUGGCCCAGUUUCGGCACCACUUGGAGGACCCCAUCGACUGAUCGGCUCCGGAUUGGCUGGACCUCGUGCCUAUGGAGGUGCUCCUCUUCAUUCGGCCCCAGUAUCCUACGUUCGUCCAUCUACAGUGGUCGUUCCCGCUCCUCGGGUGGUGGUUUCUGCUCCUCGUGUCGUUGUUCCUGCUCCUCGAGUGGUGGUUGCUCAGCCUCAUGGAGUGGCUGCCCCACUCGCUGUUGGAUCUGGUCACGGCAAUGGCCACCACAUCCGUCAUCACGGCCACUAA